AUGUCUCCACUACAAAGAAGCCCUACACCCACCCCUCAGGUGCAAGGACAUUCUUUUCUUUUAUCAAGUGCAUUAAAGAAUCCAAACCUUCAGGGUGCUUCUUUUCAAUUACCUAAUGGAGCAAUAUUAUUGAGAAAUGUAGAGAACCAAAAAGAGGACACAACACCAUCAGUAUUGGCAAAUGCUUUACAAAACCCAAGUCUCCGUAAAGCAACUUACAGGUUGCCAGAUGGAACAAUCAUAUCAAGAAAUGAGGUAGAACAACCAACUUCACAACCUUCCCUCUUAACAAAAGCCUUUCAGAAUGCCAAUGUCAAAAACGCUUCUUACAGAUUUCCUGAAUCUCUUUUGAUUCGGGGCUCUGAUCAAGAAACUGAAACAAAACAAUUUUCACCAUACCUAGGAAAUGCUCUACAGAAUUCCAAUCUUCGUGCAGCUUCUUAUAAAUUGCCAGGUGGAACUCUUCUUUCUCGGGACCAGAAGACUGAACAGUCCACCUCCCCUGUUCUUUCAAAUGCACUUCAGAAUGCUAACCUUCGUAUGGCUUCCUACAGGCUCCCCGAUGGAACACUUUUAAACAAGAGCUCAGGACAGGAUUCAAAACAAAAUAUUUCUUCCCAUCUGUCAAGUGCUUUGCAAAACACAAAUAUUCGUAAUGUUAGACUCCCAAGUACCUCUGGCCUAUUCAGAAAUCCCAAAAAAGAACAAACUUCAGUGCUGUCCAGCGCACUUCAGAACCAAAAUCUCCGUAAAGCUUCCUACAGACUGCCUGAUGGAACAAUUACUACCAGGCAUAAAACAGCUGAAAGUGCUCAACCUACAUCACCCUUUCUGGGAAAUGCCCUGAAGAAUGUGAAUUUACACAAAGCCUCCUAUAGGUUGCCCACAACUUUGAGGAGAUCUCCAGAGGAUCCAAGGUAUGCAGUGGUGACACCUCAGGUUGAGGGUCAACCUGGUGAACAUUGGGCUCAAGCCCACACAAUAGAUGGUCAUGAGCCAGAUGAUGUUUGGGCCUCAGAAAGAGUCCUUCCACACCAUACUGUACAGAACCUCAUAAAAUGGUCCAUGUAUAGGGAUGAAGAACUGGUGGAUUUUGCCAUCCCAGUGUAUCCUGGGCAAGAUGCUGAUGUUUCUGAGCCUGAGUGGUUACCAGACAGGGAAGGUGAACCUCAAGGGCAGUGGUAUGAUAAGGUACAAAGCUAA